UUUUAUAUGGUUUUGGUGUGUUAUCUGAGGACUAAAAGAAAAAGAAAAGAAUCUUCCAUGGAGGCAAACGACAGGGAGUAAUCUGCGGAAAAGUGAUUUGUCUAAUAUAUUAAUAGUAUGUGAUUCUAGUCGUACGUGAAUCGAAGACCUCGGUUCUCAUCUUACAUAUGAACAUUAACAACUGAGGGAGGUGUCUUGCAUUGUAUAUGUAAAUGUAUAUAGAGAGACAAGUUUCUUGUAAGCAACCGAGGGAGGUCUCAUGUUAUAUCCAGAAUCCGAUCGGGGACCUAGCUCAUAAGAACUCAGAAGUUUCUGGGUGGGACCAUAAGCAUCACUAGCCUUGAACUAUAUAACAGUACUUUAAACUUUGAGGUUGAUUGCCAAUGAGUAUCAUGGCUGAGAAUGGUAUUAUGUACCCACCUGAGAGCAAGUGGAGCCUGUUGGGAGUGCCUGUUUUUGUCCUCUUUAAGGAUGCAAGACUUGUUUUCAAAUUGGAUUCACUUGGCCUGGAGAUACUAAGGAUCGCAUUUCCUGCUGCCUUGGCCUUAGCUGCUGAUCCCAUUGCUUCUCUGAUUGACACUGCCUUCAUUGGGCGUAUAGGACCGGUGGAGCUAGCUGCUGUAGGAGUUUCCAUUGCUAUAUUCAAUCAAGCAUCAAGGAUUACUAUUUUCCCGCUGGUUAGCAUUACAACUUCUUUUGUAGCUGAAGAAGAUACACUUGCAAAGAUUAGCCCUGAAGCCGUAAAAUCUGAAGAUUUGGAAAAGAAUGAACCCAAAAACAAUGAAAUGAAAGAAUUGAUGAGGCCAGAAGAUGUAGUGGCAGCCAACUUGGAAGAUGGUCCAGGUGCUGCAGCUACAAACACUGAUACAAAAGAGCCAGAGGAUGGUUCUUCCAACACAAGUAAGGAUCCGCCUGUAGUUGAUAGCAAAGCUCAAAAUGCUCAAGUGAAAAAAGGAAAAAGACAUAUCCCGUCAGUGUCAACAGCAUUGAUUCUGGGUUUAAUGCUUGGUCUCCUUCAAGCUAUAUGCCUUGUUUUUGGAGCAAAAGCUCUCCUUCGUGUGAUGGGUGUGAAACCUGAUUCCCCUAUGCUAAACCCAGCACUAAAGUACUUGACAUUGAGGUCAUUAGGCGCUCCUGCAGUUCUUCUAUCUUUAGCCAUGCAAGGGGUUUUCCGAGGAUUUAAGGAUACAAAAACACCUUUAUAUGCAACAGUUGCAGGAGACCUGACAAAUAUCAUUUUGGACCCUAUAUUUAUCUUUGUCUUAAAACUAGGGGUCAGUGGUGCAGCCAUAGCACAUGUCCUUUCUCAGUAUUUGAUUUCACUCAUCCUCUUAUGGCGAUUGAUGAAACAAGUUAAUCUCUUACCCCCAAACAUGAAAGACCUACAAUUUGGAAGAUUUCUUAAAAAUGGUUUUCUUUUAUUAGCAAGAGUGAUAGCAGUCACAUUCUGUGUGACAUUAGCAGCAUCAAUGGCUGCUCGGCUUGGUUCAACACCUAUGGCCGCAUUUCAAAUCUGCUUACAGGUCUGGAUGACAUCAUCUCUUCUUGCUGAUGGUUUAGCUGUCGCUGGACAGGCAAUUCUUGCUUGUGCAUUUGCUGAGAAGGACUACAAGAAGGUAACAGCUGCAACAUCUCGGGUAUUGCAGAUGAGUUUUGUGCUUGGUGUGGGGCUUGCUGUGGUGGUUGGAGCUGGUUUAUACUUUGGGUCGGGGAUCUUUUCGAAAGAUGCUAGUGUUCUUCAUCUUAUCAGUAUAGGAGUACCGUUUGUAGCAGCUACACAGCCAAUCAACUCAAUUGCUUUCGUGUUUGACGGUGUCAACUUUGGAGCAUCUGACUUUGCAUACACAGCUUACUCCAUGGUAUUUGUAGCUGGAGCAAGCAUUGCAUCGUUGUUCAUUCUCUCCAAAAGCAAUGGAUUUAUAGGGAUAUGGGUUGCACUAACCAUCUACAUGGUUCUCCGCAGCUUUGCUGGUGUUUUGAGGAUGGGGACUGCAACUGGACCUUGGCGCUUCCUAAGAAGUAGACCCAUCGCAUAGGAUAGGGAACUAAAAAUUUUCAGCUUUAUAAUGAAGCUAUAUAUAAAAUAUGUAUUAUUCAUAUAGAUAUAGAUAUAGAUAUUACUUGUAUGUGUGUUUUGCAUGGUGGUUGUUGGUUUGUUUGUUUUGGUAAGGGUAAAAUGUAGGGAUAUUAGAAGCUGCCAUCGUCUUCUUUGAUAUGGUGUUGUUUUUAAUGUUUUGCGCAGAUAAUGUACCUAAACAUGCAAAAAUAAAAUCUAAUGCAAAAAGUGUACAGCAUAGCUGAUACCACUCUUUGUUUCAACAAA